AUGGCAGCUUUAAUGAAGAAAAGAGUAUUAGCAGAAUUUAAUCAAAGUCAGGUUGUAAAUGAACCACCAUUAAAAAGGUUAAGGACUUUGCGCCUUGUAUCUAGUUCAGGGAAUAAAAAUGGAACAGAAGGAAGUUCAGCAUUAGCUUACAUUGAGUGCCUUGAAAAAUGUAAAUGUGGCAAUGACGCUUUACAGCUUCUUGUCCGUAUAUCUGAUACAAUAGCAUACAUCUCCCCAGAAGAUGUUCCUUCUGUGGUAAAAAAAUUGUCAGAGAGAUUUGCUAUAGAAACAGAGGCAGCAGUUCGUGCCAAAAUACUUUGGAUAUUUGCAGAAUUAGGAGAAGUAACAAAUGAUUCAGCAGAAAAGACACGAAUUGUUAGUGAAACUGCUGAGCUUUUAAGAAAUGAAGAAUCACAUAGAGUAAAAAGCCAGGGUUUAGCAACAUUGUUAAAGCUAGGAGAUUAUCAUAGGACACUUGUAUUGAAGAUUGCUAGAGAGCAUUUACCAGAUACCUGGCAUGGUGUACAAACACGUUGCCUCUCUAUCAUUGGCAGAUAUUUAACUGCAAAUACUGCAGAUGAUACUUUGAUAUUAGUUGGUAAUUAUGCACGUUCCCAGGAUCCAAGAGUACGUGCUCAAGCAUUUGAGACAAUGGCUGAACUUCAUUCUCAUAGAGGUUGCAGAUUACCUGCAAGCUUUUUUGGAGAAGCUUGUGCUGCACUUAGGGAUGAUUAUGAAAUAGUUCGUAGAACUGUUCUUAAAUUAAUAUGGCUAUUAGGUAGAGAAUAUCCAGAAAAUAUUAUCGUGGGAGCCGAUGGGGAAGAUAUACGCAUGGUAGAUUGUGCAUUUUCCCAAAUUUGUAGUCUUAUGGGCGAUUUAUCGGCUAGAGUUAGAGCUUCGGCAAUGUCUCUCCUAGGAACAAUGAAAGGUGUAUCACAAAGAUACAUAGAACAAGCAUUGGAUAAAAAACAAAAAGUUGUAGAAGCAGAUAGGCCAGAAGUAGAAGAAAAGAGUGGUUCUUGUGGUGCAUUUAUUCAUGGCUUGGAAGAUGAAUUUUUAGAGGUAAGAACAGCAGCAGUUGAAGCUCUUUGCACAUUAUCCUUGGAGCAACCAAACAUAGCUAGAGUUUCGUUAGACUUUAUGGUCGAUAUGUUUAACGAUGAAAUUCAAGAUGUGCGAUUGAGAGCUAUUGAGUCGUUGAGGAAAAUGUCCGCAAGCGUAACGCUUCGUGAAGAUCAAUUAGAGACAAUUUUGGGAGCACUAGAAGAUUUUUCAGGCGAAGUGCGAGAAGGUUUACACGCUACUUUGGCAGCUAGUCGACUUGCUACAAGGAAUUGCCUUCAUAUGUGUGUAAAUCGUCUUCUCGAUAACUUAACUCGCUAUCCACAAGACAAAGAAAGUAUUAGAAACUGUUUAGCUGCACUGGGAGCCUCGCAUCCUUAUUUAACGUUGCCUUUGGUGCCGCAACUUCUUGGACGACAUCCAUUUUUUGAUACACCUGAACCGGACGUCGAUGAACCGUCUUAUGCCAGCGUGCUAGUUCUGAUAUUCAAUGCAGCGCUGCAUUGUCCAAGCAUGCAUGCUCUUUUUACAGAACAUGCAUCCAAACAUUAUCAUUACUUACGCGACACUAUGCCGCAUUUGGUUCCCCGAUUGCGACCAACUGUACUAAGUGGACUAGACAUUGGAAAGGAAGAUAAAACAGACGAAGAAGCUGAACGUGGGAAAGAAUUCUUAGAAAAGGUAGUAACGGGUGUUGAAAAUGCAAGGCCCGGUGGCAGAGUGCACACGCAACUCUUGGAAGCUGCAGCCAUUGAUCUCGAUCGUCUAGCAGAGAUGGAUUAUCGCAUGGAGGGAGCUGCGCGUUUCACUACACUGUAUAUAAGAUGCUUGCUACUUUUAAAAUCCGUGUUGAAAGAAUUUUCAAUGUCGUCCACGAAUUCGGUAUCGACGAAUCCAUUAACGAACACAACUACCAACGUUUCGGUUCUUCUUCAGAAUACCCAGAAAUUACAACGAUUAUUUAGUGGAUUAGGUGAAAACGAAAUGAUACUGGCCAAUGACGUAUGGCUGAAAGCACUGGCGGUAGAAUUAAUUCGAGUAACAAGAAGUGUCACAGGAAGAAGUGCACUUCCACUCGCGCGCCACUUUUUAUCUGAAGCUGACACUCUACCUCAGGAUACGGCAAAAUUGCCAUCUUUCUCCAGAGCUCUUGUUCUUCAAAUUCCUACUUUAGUAGAUGUAAAACCAGGAUCUUUAACGCGAAUGCUGUUACCAUUACUUUUAACACCUGCGUCGCAAGGAGAAGAACGACUUCCAAGGCCAUCGGUGUCUACUCGGUUCUGUAGAGCGAUUAUCGAAGAGCCUAGAGGCGAUGCAGAUGCUGCUUUGAAGUUUACAGGCGGUCUUCUACUUGGAAUCCCACUCACAGCAAAAAUACUGAAUCUACGAGAUUCUAGUAUACUACGUAUUAAACUAAGGCACCCUGAUCAGCAAGUGCAAUUGCUAUUACCCCGUCAAUCGGACUUACGACUGCAGAACACCGAGCAAAGUGACUACAGAUUGAAAACUACGGUUCUACUGUCGCAUCAGGUUUGGAUGGAAGCCUGCAAUGUAGAAAUAUCUCUAGCACUUCUCGUGCCGUCUUCAUCUGUAUGCACCCAUUCUCCUCUUGACGAUCCAUGUGUCAUAGAUGUUUGUAAACCCACUAAAGUAUCGAUUGCACCGAAACCCAUAAAGAGGGGCAUCUAA